GCAGUGGGAUUCCAUUUCAAAAGGUCUCCUUCUCGUUGCUGGCUCUUUCUUUCCACUUCCCUUGUGAUAAGAUAACGAAGUCCUGAUAAGCCAUACCGAAGACUACUUUUGAACAAAAACAAAUCUGAAAACUGAAAAUGAAAAACCAUUGCGUUCUCUUUCGGUGAUUCGCUCUGAAAACAAAGACCUUCAGAACUUUCGCCUUUCCGCCAAAGUAUGAAAUCUCUUUUACCCUGGAACUCUGUUUUUUUCCUUCACUUUUAUGUUUUUGUCUGUGGGUUCAGUGACUCUUUUUGUAGCAGAUCUUGGAUAUUCAUCGGCAUUUGGCACUGAUACUAGGAAUCCGAAGGUUCAGCUGAAAAAAGGUGUCAAGGCAUGUAACAUAUGAGCCAUGCAGUGACCAACAAAAUAAUUCACCUGAGGCUUCUAUGGUGGACUCUGGUUCAGCAUCCAUUUCAAGAAACAUGAGCAGAAGAGUUAUAUGCGAAGAAAUUGAUUUCGUUUGCGGCUUUAUUCAAAGGUGCUUGCAGUUGUAUAUGAACAAAAAUGAGGUGGUGGAAACCCUUCUGUGCGUUGCAAAUAUUGAACCUGGCUUCACUACCUUGGUAUGGCAGAGGCUUGAAGAAGAAAAUGCAGAAUUUUUCAAGUCUUACUACGUAAGGGUAAAGCUGAACAAACAAAUCCAAUUGCUCAAUGAUUUACUCGAGAAGCAGUCCGAACUAAUGAACAGUUCUUCACCUCAGAAGGUUCCAUUGCCUUCUAUGCAGAGUGGGAUUCAUUGCAUGCCGGUUAAUAAUCCACCUCUGGGGUAUCCAAUUCUGCAGCAGCCUUCAAUUCCAUUUAUGAGUCAAUCCCCAAGUUAUUUUGUGGACCGUAUGCCCAGCUGUCAGGCAGUACAAACGAUCCCUUCACCAGGCAAUUUCAACCCUACACAAAUAAAUUCUUGGGCAUACUGUGCUGCCGAUACAGUACCUUCCAUUCCUACUUGUUCUUCCAUGUUGGAGAAUCAUUCAAGUUCUGCAUUAAUGGCAUCCUGUGGCCAAGUUCCCUUCACUUUAUCAGCGAUGGCAGGACUUGGAAUGGAAACACCAGCACUUAACGCUACAAAUAAUCUUCAUGUGGAAAAUGUAGAAGGGUUGCAACUUGGCUCUGAUGGUCAAACUGGACCACCCAAGGAACUUCAAUCAUUAAUGCAGAUUUCUUGGAAUUCAAGCGUCUCAGAUAUAGCUGCGGGGUGGCAAAACUUACAAGAUGUUGGAACACCAGGCAACUUAUUCGGGCGGCACCAUUUUACCUUUUGAUGCAGAUGGGUUGCUGGAAUCUGCAGAGCAAAAAUCCUUGGGUGAGAAUGAUGAGUAUGAGCAAGCAGAUCAGGCUUAGAUGAAGUAGUUGAUUUAGUUCCAGACUUAUUGAAUAAAUUAUUUUGGUGAAAGACAUUUUAUUUAGUUGUUGAAGUUUUUUUUAAUAUUAUUGGAGACAUGUUUUAUUAAAUAAAUAUUUAUUUUAUUAAAUUAUGAAAUGUCUUGCCUGGCUAUUUUAUGAAAA